AUGACUAUUUUUGGUAAAAUGUGGAUGAUUGCAGCGUCUCUAUCCUGGGGUGGUUCCGAGGUUCAAACAUUCAGCCCCGAUGUACUUAAAAGAGCUUCUUGUCUUUUUUUUUUGCUUGCAGUGAAGUACAUGAGAGAAGCCACACCCUAUGUGAAGAAAGGUUCCCCAGUGUCCGAGAUUGGGUGGGAAACGCCGCCGCCCGAGUCCCCUCGCUUGGGGAGUGGCUCCUCGGACCCCCUGGCCUCGGCUUCGCCCUCGCAGCCCUUCUCCUUCCACAGAGAUCGGAAGAGCAUCCCCCUGAGGAUGUGCUACGUCACUCGGAGCAUGGCCCUGGCUGACCCUGAGAACAGGCAGCUUGAAAUCCACUCGCCAGAUGCUAAGCACACGGUGAUCCUAAGGAGCAAGGACUCAGCCACUGCCCAGGCCUGGUUCAGUGCCAUCCAUUCCAACGUUAGUGACCUGCUGACCCGAGUCAUUGCUGAGGUCAGAGAGCAGCUGGGGAAAACAGGCAUUGCUGGGAGCCGAGAGAUCAAGCAUCUUGGCUGGCUUGCAGAAAAGGUGCCUGGAGAAAAUGAGAAGCAGUGGAAGCCGGCGCUGGUUGUACUGACCGAGAAGGACCUUUUAAUCUAUGACAGCAUGCCCCGGAGGAAGGAAGCCUGGUUCAGCCCGGUUCACACGUACCCUCUUCUUGCCACCAGGCUGGUCCAUUCAGGUCCAGGGAAAGGAUCACCCCAAGCUGGUGUGGAUCUCUCCUUUGCAACACGAACGGGUACCAGGCAGGGGAUUGAAACACAUCUCUUCAGGGCUGAAAUCGGCAGGGACCUCUCCCACUGGACCAGGAGCAUUGUACAGGGUUGCCACAACUCAGCUGAACUCAUUACCGAAGUCACCACAGCAUGCACCUACAGAAACCAGGACUGCCGCUUGACCGUACAUUAUGACAACGGAUUUUCUAUCACCACUGAACCGCAGGAGGGUGCCUUUCCCAAGACAAUCAUGCAGGCUCCAUAUGAAAAGUUGAAAAUGUCUUCAGAUGAUGGAGUCAGGAUGCUGUAUUUAGAUUUUGGAGGCAAAGAUGGAGAGAUUCAACUGGACCUUCAUUCCUGCCCCAAGCCAAUUGUUUUCAUCAUUCAUUCCUUCCUGUCGGCUAAAAUUACAAGACUGGGCUUGGUGGCCUGAACGGAGGGGCGACUUGCCUUGGAGAGGAGGGCUGGGAUGCCACCAGAGAGUGUGCCAUCAGAUGUGGCAUGCCAGUCAGCUCUACAUCCCAAGAGUCCUGUGUAACUGUCCCAGACUCCUGUCGUCAAUUUCACCAACUACAAGGAGGCAUCCUAAGAAAACAGCGCAGGGAACAUCGAAUAAAACUGUCUUUUUAGAGCAGUAAAGUGGUAAAGAGGAGAGGGCGACUGGAAAUAUACGGCAUAGCUUGUGACAAUCAAGGGCGCUGCAGUAGAACAGCAUGUGCAGAUCUUAAUCAGACCAGUUUCUAGGCAGCUGGUUCACCCGGGUAACAAGGGCUGAACAGCAAGAUGAGAAAUGGACUUUCUCACCUCUCCUCCCCAGUAACGACCCCUUGUUUAUUGUGAUUUAUUUCCUACUUCUGAGUUGACUUUCCCUGGAAAGGAGAGAAAAGUACUUUAAAUGGAAACCCACCUUUUAAGUGCGAAGCAGCUGUUCAUUUUUCUUAAUGAAUUAUCUUUCAGCGAUGUUGAAUGAUUCUGAAGUGUUCCCAUUAGCACACACUGAGCAGGAAUUAAAGCCUCAGAUACUGAUCUGAGCUGUAAGCUGGUGGAAUCUGAGCCAAAGGAGACUGUUUAAUGUGCAAAGCUUUGCCGAAGAGUAGGGUGCAUGAAAGAUGCUGAGUUCUGGGCUGCACUCACACCAAGGUCUGCUAUUGUAGAGCCAAGACUGAUAGCUUUAUUUAUAGAAGGCAAAUUAUGGAUAUUUUUUUAAAAGAUUGUCAUUUGAUAUAUACAUAUAUAUAUACAACUCAUGUGGGGUUAACUAAUUACCCCCAUUUUGUGGUUUUCAGUGGAAGCACUGAGCAAUUUAUUGACCCUUGUUUCUGCCUGUGCUUGUAUGCAUGCAUUUUCGAACCAGUAAUAGAGCAGCCUCAUAUCAUUCUGGAUGAUACUGGGCUUUAGAUAUAGACCCAGUGUUACAAUCAAAUCUAUUAAUAGCAUCCAUCCACGGUUCUUUCGGAAUUCCAGGGAAAUGAUAUAAUGACCUGAUAUUUUUCUACAAGAAUAUUUUCAGACACCACAUAGCAUAUUACUGAUUAAAUGCUUUUAUCUUUCAAAACAAAUUAAUUAAAAAUACACCUAAUAUUUGGUUUAGGAGUCACUUUCCUCAAACCCUGAAAAUUAACUCUAGAAUUUCUAUAAGCAUUUGUAACCCUUCUUUCACAUACAGUUUACAUAGACAAACAGUCUGGGUUAGAUUUGUGUGUGUUUUUUCCAGAACCAUAUUUUGGUAAAUACCUAUGCAAAGAGCUUUAAAAAGUAGAAACUGUUAAAGGAAUGUGAUUUUGCUCACUCAGACAUAAGUGUUUAUUGAGUUGCAAAAUUUUAUUUUAGAUCAGCGUGUCCCCAAUAUGUAUCAUGUAACACUAGUUCCAAGGGCCACUGCGUGGUGUUUUGUGGGGGUGGCAAUAGAGG